CAGAUUCCUCUGUCCUCAAUAUGGGGACAAUGGGUCCAGUCCUCUGGAUCCUGAGCACCUUGACGGUUACCUGCUUGGCAAAUCUGCUCCCACGAGGAAUGAACCCCGCACAUGGAGACCAAGUCUGCAGCACGUGGGGGAAUUUCAACUUCAAGACCUUCGAUGGAGACAUCUUUCAGUUCCCUGGCACCUGCAAUUACGUCUUUGCCUCCCAUUGCGAGACUAAUUAUGAGGAGUUCAACAUUCAGAUCCGCCGCACAACUUCUGCAGAGAGGGCGACUAUUUCCUAUGUGACUCUGAAGAUAGAGGGGCUAGUUAUCGAACUGAAGAAAGGACAAGUCCUUGUAGGAGGGGAGAGCGUUACUCUGCCAUACACUCAGUUUGGGGUGCAUAUACAAAUCAGUAGCGUCUAUGUGAAGAUGGCAGCUAAGUUGGGACUGGUCCUCUUGUGGAAUGAAGAUGAUGCUUUAUCACUCCAACUGCAGCCCAAAUAUGUUAAUAGCACAUGUGGCUUGUGUGGGAAUAUGAAUCAGGUGAAACAGGAUGCAUUUAAGGCUAAUGGCAUUGAGCUGUCACCUCUGCAGUAUGGAAACCUGCAAAAGCUGGAUGGACCCACAGAGCAAUGUGAAGAUGUCACACCAUCUCCACCUAAAAACUGCAGUGAUCUGAGAAUGGCCUGCUCCCGCAUGCUGUCCAAUCCAGCAUUUGCUGAUUGUGAGAUGCGCAUCCCAGUGGGUCCAUAUGUAGAAUCCUGUGUGAUGGACCUGUGCAACUGCCAGAACUCCUCUGAUGUCACCUGUCUGUGUGAUACCUUGGCUGAGUACUCCCGACAGUGUGCCUACGCAGGUGGAAAACCCCAAAAUUGGAGGUCCCAUCUAAUAUGUGAGAGAUCCUGUCCCAUGAACAUGACAUAUGAGGAAUGUGGCUCACCCUGUGCUGAUACUUGCUCCAAUUCAGAUCGGAAAACGACCUGUGCUGAUCACUGCAUAGAUGGCUGCUUCUGUCCUCCAGGAACUGUAUUCGAUGAUAUGGACAACAGAGGCUGUGUUCCCCUCAAUGAAUGUUCCUGUACCUUUAAUAAUAAGAAUUAUGCUGUUGGAGAAUCCUACAGUACCAACUGCCGCAACUGCACCUGCGUUGGAGGACAAUGGAGUUGUCAGGCUUUGCCAUGUCCUGGUUAUUGUUCUCUUCAAGGAGGAUCUCACAUCUACACCUAUGAUGGAAGCCACUACAAUUUCCAUGGAGACUGCAGUUAUGUCUUUACUAAGGACUGUGCUGGAAACAUGUUCACAGCGCUGGUGGAACUACGCAAAUGUGGUGUGACCGAUACUGAGACCUGUCUGAAGAGCAUCACUUUGUCCCUGGACAAAGGACAAACAGUUGUCACAGUGAAGUCUUCAGGAACUGUGUUGAUAAAUGGAAUCUAUGCUCAGAUCCCUCUGACGACAGAAAAUCUUACCGUGUUCCAAGCGUCUUCUUUCUACUUGAUCAUUCAGAGCUUUAGUGGAUUGCAAAUUCAGAUUCAGCUUAACCCACUUAUGCAGCUCCAUGUGACCCUGGAUCCUACAUACCAAGGAAGCACAUGCGGUCUUUGUGGAGACUUUAACAAUGUCCGUAAGGACGAUUUCCGAUCUCUGAGUGGGGCUGUGGAGGGCACCGCCGCUGCUUUUGCGAACACGUGGAAAAGUCAAGCUGAUUGUGACACUGUUAAAGACAGCUAUGAGAAUCCAUGUUCACUGAGUGUAGAGAACGAGAAAUAUGCCCAGUAUUGGUGCUCAAUGCUCACAGAUGCCAAUGGACCCUUUGCCCCUUGCCACGCAGUUGUGAAUCCCACACUCUAUGAAAAGAACUGUAUGUAUGACAGUUGUAACUAUGAGAAGAGUGAGGACAGUGUAUGUGCAGCAUUGUCGUUCUAUGCCCAUGCUUGUGCUGUCGAAGGAGUAACUCUGCACGGAUGGAGAUCAACUGUCUGCGGCAAAUAUACAAAGAAUUGUCCAAAGAACACCACCUUCAAAUACUCCAUAAGCACCUGCCAGUCAACCUGCCGUUCUCUGAGUGAGCCUGACCCCACCUGCAGUGUCAGUUUCCCUCCAGUGGAUGGCUGUGGAUGUCCAGAUGAUACAUUUCUGGAUGAGGGUGGCUCCUGUGUGCCGGCCAAAAAAUGUCCUUGUUACUACAAGGGCUCUCCAAUGCCAGCAGGAGAGGUCAUUUAUGAUAACGGCGCCAUGUGCACAUGCCAGAGUGGUAGACUGCGAUGUGCUGGGAAAAACCCAGGUCUUGCAGAGUGCCCUGAAAACAUGGUGUAUUUUGAUUGUGCAAAUGCUUCUAUGGGUGCCAGAGGGGCAGAGUGUCAGAAGACAUGUCAUACCCUCGACAUGGACUGUAUCAGUAUCCAGUGCGCUUCUGGCUGCAUUUGUCCCGAUGGUCUCGUACUCAAUAAUAAUGGCAGCUGUGUGCCUGAGGAGCAGUGUCCGUGCAUGCACAAUGGAGAAAUGUUCCAAAGUGGAGAGACUAUUCAACAAGACUGCAAUACUUGCAUUUGUAAAAAUCGGAAGUGGAAUUGCACAAAUAAAGCAUGUCACAGGUCCUGCGUUGUGUAUGGGGAAGGCCAUUAUAAAACCUUCGAUGGCAAAUGGUUCGAUUUCAGUGGAGACUGUGAAUACACACUGACCCAGGACUACUGUGCCUCAAACCCAGGAAAUGGGUCUUUCCGAGUCAUUACCGAGAAUAUCCCAUGUGGCAGCACUGGUGCAACAUGCUCUAAGUCUAUCAAAGUAUUCCUUGGGAAUUUUGAGCUGCAACUAAGUGACGGAGGCUUUGACAUCAUUGAAAGAGACAUUGGCAGCGAGGUUCCAUACCAGAUUAGACGAAUGGGCAUCUACUUUGUGAUCGAAGCUAAGAAUGGAUUGAUCCUCAUGUGGGACAAAAAGACUAGCGUCCUUAUCAAACUGAGUCCUGAAUUUGAGGGAAAUGUUUGUGGUCUUUGUGGCAAUUAUGACGGAAGUGUAUACAAUGAGUUUACAACAAGAAGCCAGUCUGUGGUUGUCAAUGUUCAAGAAUUUGGAAACAGCUGGAAAGACUCUCCAACCUGUCCUGAUGCCCAGCCUCUUAGACACCCUUGUCUUGCCAACCCAUAUAGACAGAGCUGGGCUCAGAAACACUGCAGCAUUAUCAUAAGUUCUGUCUUUGCCAAGUGUCAAUCUAAAGUUGAUCCAACUCCUUUCUAUGAAGCUUGUGUCCACGACUCCUGUGCAUGUGACUCUGGAGGUGAUUGUGAGUGCUUCUGUACUGCUGUUGCAGCCUAUGCUGCGGCCUGCAAUGAGGCAGGAAUUUGCAUAGCAUGGAGGACCCCUGAAAUGUGCCCUCUGUUCUGCGAUUACUACAACCCUGAUGGUGAGUGUGAAUGGCAUUACAAGCCUUGUGGAGCUCCUUGUAUGAAGACCUGCCGAAAUCCUUCUGGAAACUGCAAGAAUCAGCUACCUGGACUUGAAGGUUGUUACCCAAAGUGCCCCAAAGAUCGCCCUUUCUUUGAUGAGGACGUCAUGAAAUGUGUCGCCCAAGCUAACUGCGGUUGUUACGAUGAUGAUGGAAAACGCUACAGUGUUGGGGAUAUGGUACCAUCCUUCAGGAAUUGUGAAUCAUGCAUUUGUACCAAGAAAGGACGUCGUUGCCAAAUGGACCUUCGAGCCUGCAGUUGCUAUUAUGGAAACAUGAAAUACAAUUAUGGGGAUGUAAUCUACAAUACUACUGAUGGCAUUGGAGGAUGCAUUAUAGCUACCUGUUCAGCAAAUGGAACAAUUAACAGAAGUGUCUACCCAUGUGUUCCAUCAACUGUGGCCCCUACCACAUUUGUCUUUGACACAACCACAUCAUCUGCUGUAAAUCUCUCCACCACUGAACCUGUAUCAGUGACCUCGGUAUCUUGUCUUGAGGAAAUUUGCAAAUGGUCAACAUGGUACGAUGUUACUUGCCCUAAGUAUGGGGAGAAUGAAGGUGACUUUGAAACCUUUGAGAAGAUUAGAGAAAAUGGACACUCUGUGUGUAAAGUACCAUCAGAUGUGGAAUGUCGAGCACAGAAGUUUCCUAAAAUUCCUGUCAGAGAUUUAGGUCAGAUCAUCCAAUGUAAUAAAUCAAUGGGCCUUGUGUGUCAUAAUCAAGACCAAUUCUCACAGCUUUGCUUCAAUUAUGAAAUUCGGAUUCUGUGCUGUAGUUAUGUUCCUUGUGGACAGUCUUCCAUUUCCACAACGCCUUCUAUCAGUACUUAUUCAAAACCUAUAACUAAGACCUCCAGCAGUCAUGUGAAGACGACUCACACUGAAACACUGUCAUCUAAAUAUACUUUAAGCACAACUGGCAGCCACUCUUAUAAAACAAGUGCAACUGGAAGCAAAACAACCUCUCAAAAAACAACAGGAACAUCUACUACAAAAUCUAGUACCAAACCCAACACUACACCAUGCAAGAAGCAAAAAUGUACUUGGACUCCAUGGUAUGAUGUACAUUUUCCCAGUAUUGCCAGUUCUGAUGGUGACUUUGAGACCUUUGAAAAUAUCAGAGCUGCUGGUAAUAGUAUAUGUCAAAAGCCUGAUAACAUUGAAUGCCGAGCUGAGCGCUUUCCCACUAAAAAUAUAGCUGAAAUAGGGCAGAUGGUUACCUGUAAUGUUACAUAUGGUCUGAUCUGCAAGAAUGAGGAUCAAGACUGGAAUUUUCCCCUUUGUUACAAUUAUCAACUUAGGGUACUAUGUUGCUCUUUGGAAGAUUGUAGCUCAUCUACUACACAUGAUAAGAUGACAACCAGAAGUUCUGAAAAAACUUCUAAAUAUGAAAAAACUACCAUAUUUUCUACUCGAAAUAUAAUCACAUCAAGGCAUGUAACUGAUAUGGGAAGCAAAACUACAACACCACACAAAGAAAUCAUAUCUACAUCUAUGCCAAUAAAGAGGACUUCUAAUACACAAGCUUCUUCUAAAUCAACAACAGGUUUCCAUAAAUCAACAACUGAGUUUUCACAUGAAGAAAAAUCUACAACUCAAAAACCAGUUUCAGUGAAAACCACUAGAGUUCCUUCUACAUCUGUUGAAGUAACAUCCACAAGGUCAACACCUGUGAAAAAGACUACUACUGGCGAACCAUAUAUUAAAUCAACAACACAGUUUCCUAAAUCAACAACAAAAUCUUCCAAAUCAACAACAAAGUCCUCACAUGAAGCAGAGACUACAUCUCAAAAGCCCAUUUCACUAAAAACCACUAGAGUGUCUACUGCAUCUGGCAAAGUAACAUCAACCAAGGCAACCACAGUGGUUAGGAAGAGUACCACUGGUGAAGCUUCUUCUAAAUCAACAACAGGUUUCCAUAAAUCAACAACUGAGUUCUCGCAUGAAGAAAAGUCUACACCUCAAAAGCCAAUAUCAGCGAAAACCACUAAAGUUCCUACUCUAUCUGUUGAAGUAACAUCCACAAUGUUAACAAAGACUGUAAAGCAGACUACUACUGACGAAUCACAUCCUAAAUCAUCAACAAAGUCUUCUAAAUCAACAACAAAGUCUUCACAGGAAGAAAAGUCUACAUCUCAAAAGCCCAUUUCAACAAAAACCACAAGAGUGUCUACUGCAUCUGGCGAAGUAACAUCACCUAAGACAACCACAGUGAUUAGGAAGAGUACCACUGGUGAAGCUUCUUCUAAAUCAACAACAGGUUCCCAUAAAUCAACAACCGAGUCUUCACAUGAAGAGGAAACCACAUCUCAAAAGCCCACUUCACUAAAAACAACCAAAAUGUCCACUGCAUCUGUUAAAGUAACAUCAGCGUAUACAAGUCACACCAAUCCCCUAACCACAGAGGUGAUUGUUUCACAAACUUCCAAAGUACUUACCUCAGGAGUCACUUCAUCUAAGGCAGACUGUGAACCCAUAUGCGAGUGGUCACAAUGGUUUGAUGUUAGUUUCCCAAAUGAAGAAACAAAUGGAGACAUUGAAACUUAUGAAAACAUUAAAAAUUCUGGAUUUAGUAUCUGUGAAGAGCCAUCUGAUAUCCAGUGCAGGCCUGCUGCCUUUCCAGAGAUACCAAUAGAAGAUUUACAGCAAAAUGUGCAGUGCAAUGUCAGCAGUGGUCUCACAUGUUACAGUGAGGAACAAAAUGGUCCAUUUGCCUUUUGCUUCAAUUAUGAAAUUAGAAUUUUCUGCUGCUCUAAAUGUGCAUCACCAGAUUUUACAGGUUCAACACCAUUAUUUACAACAGAAACAGUAUCUGUGACACCUUUUUCAUUGACUGUAUCUACCUCAUCUGAAGAAAUGGAAUCUUCAGAGACAACUACAAAGCUUGCAGUAACUAAGAGUACUACAAAUUCAGCUUCUCCACAACCAACAGAGUUCACAAGGACAACAGAAGAAUCUUCAUAUGAAGCAGAAACUGCAUCUCAAAUUCCAUUUUCUAUAAAAACUACAGAAUCUGCUGAUGUAACAAGUAGGAAGUUAACAACACCAACUAAAUUUAGUCCAACUAAACUAAUAACUUCCAAAGUGUCAACUGUAUCUACUGAAGGUCUUCAAAAGACAACAACUGAGUCAGAAGAGGAGGCCACUUCAGUAAAACUAAUUUCAGUGAAAACUACUGAAGCUGCUACUUUGCCUCUAGAACUUAUGUCAACCAAAGAAACUACUCCAAACAAGUUAACAACCACACUGACUAAAAGUUCCCAUAAACCAACAACUGAAUAUGUACACAACGAAGAGACAACACCUAAAAGAACAACCAAGUCCUCACAUGAAGAGGAUACCACAUCUCAAAAUCCCACUUCGCUGAAAACCACAAGAGUGUCUACUGCUUCCAGUAAAGUUACAUCAAACAAGGCAACCACACCGGUGCAGAGGCGCACUACUGGAGCAGCUUCUUCUAAAUCAACAACAGGAUUUCACAAACCAACAACUGAGUCCUCACAUGAAGAUGAGACCACAUCUAAAAAGCCAACUACACUGAAAACCACCAGGGUGUCUACUGCUUCUGCGGAAGUAACAUCAAACAAAGCAACCACACCUCUUAAGAAGAGCACUACUCGGGCAGCUUCUUCUAAAUCAACAACAGGUUUUUACAAAUCAACAACUGGGUCCUCACAUGAAGAGGAGGCCACAUCUCAAAAACCCACUUCACUGAAAACCACCAGGGUGUCUACUGCUUCUGGGGAAGUAACAUCAACCAAGUCAACAACACCUCUUAAGAAAAGUACUACUGGGGAAGCUUCUUCUAAAUCAACAACAGGUUUUCACAAAUCAACAACUGAGUCCUCGCAUGAAGAAAAGACCACAUCUCAAAAACCUACUUCACUGAAAACCACCAGGGUGUCUACUGCUUCUGGGGAAAUAACAUCAAACAAAGAAACCACACCUCUUAAGAAAAGCACUACUCGGGCAGCUUCUUCUAAAUCAACAACAGGUUUUUCACAAAUCAACAACUGCACUACUGGGGAGCUUCUUCUAAAUCAACAACAGUUUCACAAAUCAACAACUGAGUCCUCGCAUGAAGAGAAGACCACAUCUCAAAAACCCACUUCACUGAAACCACCAGGGUGUCUACUGCUUCUGGGAAGUAAAUCAACAAGGCAACAACACCUCUUAAGAAGAGCAAACCACACCUCUUAGAAGAGCACUACUGGGGCAGCUUCUUCUAAAUCAACAACAGGUUUUCAUAAAUCAACAACUGAGUCCUCACAUGAAGAGGAGACCACAUCUCAAAAACCCACUUCACUGAAAACCACCAGGGUGUCUACUGCUUCUGGGGAAGUAACAUCAACCAAGGCAACAACACCUCUUAAGAAGAGUACUAGGGAAGCUUCUUCUAAAUCAACAACAGGUUUUCACAAAUCAACAACUGAGUCCUCACAUGAAGAAAAGACCACAUCUCAAAAACCCACUUCACUGAAAACCACCAGGGUGUCUACUGCUUCUGGGGAAGUAACAUCAAACAAAGCAACCACACCUCUUAAGAAGAGCACUACUCAGGCAGCUUCUUCUAAAUCAACAACAGGUUUUCACAAAUCAACAACUGAGUCCUCACAUGAAGAAAAGACCACAUCUCAAAAACCCACUUCACUGAAAACAACCAGGGUGUCUACUGCUUCUGGGGAAAUAACAUCAACCAAGGCAACAACACCUCUUAAGAAGAGUACUACUGGGGAAACUUCUUCUAAAUCAACAAGGUUUCACAAAUCAACAACUGAGUCCUCACAUGAAGAAAAGACCACAUCUCAAAAACCCACUUCACUGAAAACCACCAGGGUGUCUACUGCUUCUGGGGAAGUAACAUCAACCAAGGCAACAACACCUCUUAAGAAGAGUACUACUGGGGAAACUUCUUCUAAAUCAACAACAGGUUUUCACAAAUCAACAACUGAGUCCUCACAUGAAGAAAAGACCACAUCUCGAAAACCCACUUCACUGAAAACCACCAGGGUGUCUACUGCUUCUGGGGAAGUAACAUCAAACAAAGCAACCACACCUCUUAAGAAGAGCACUACUCAGGCAGCUUCUUCUAAAUCAACAACAGGUUUUCACAAAUCAACAACUGAGUCCUCACAUGAAGAAAAGACCACAUCUCAAAAACCCACUUCACUGAAAACAACCAGGGUGUCUACUGCUUCUGGGGAAGUAACAUCAACCAAGGCAACAACACCUCUUAAGAAGAGUACUACUGGGGAAACUUCUUCUAAAUCAACAACAGGUUUUCACAAAUCAACAACUGAGUCCUCACAUGAAGAAAAGACCACAUCUCAAAAACCCACUUCACUGAAAACCACCAGGGUGUCUACUGCUUCUGGGGAAGUAACAUCAACCAAGGCAACAACACCUCUUAAGAAGAGUACUACUGGGGAAACUUCUUCUAAAUCAACAACAGGUUUUCACAAAUCAACAACUGAGUCCUCACAUGAAGAAAAGACCACAUCUCGAAAACCCACUUCACUGAAAACAACCAGGGUGUCUACUGCUUCUGGGGAAGUAACAUCAAACAAAGCAACCACACCUCUUAAGAAGAGCACUACUCGGGCAGCUUCUUCUAAAUCAACAACAGGUUUUCACAAAUCAACAACUGGGUCCUCACAUGAAGAGGAGGCCACAUCUCAAAAACCCACUUCACUGAAAACCACCAGGGUGUCUACUGCUUCUGGGGAAGUAACAUCAACCAAGGCAACAACACCUCUUAAGAAGAGUACUACUGGGGAAGCUUCUUCUGAAUCAACAACAGGUUUUCACAAAUCAACAACUGAAUCCUCACAUGAAGAAAAGACCACAUCUCAAAAACCCACUUCACUGAAAACAACCAGGGUGUCUACUGCUUCUGGGGAAGUAACAUCAAACAAAGCAACCACACCUCUUAAGAAGAGCACUACUGGGGCAGCUUCUUCUAAAUCAACAACAGGUUUUCACAAAUCAACAACUGAGUCCUCACAUGAAGAGAAGACCACAUCUCAAAAACCCACUUCAGUGAAAACCACCAGGGUGUCUACUGCUUCUGGGGAAGUAACAUCAACCAAGGCAACAACACCUCUUAAGAAGAGUACUACUGGGGAAGCUUCUUCUAAAUCAACAACAGGUUUUCACAAAUCAACAACUGAGUCCUCGCAUGAAGAAAAGACCACAUCUCAAAAACCCACUUCACUGAAAACCACCAGGGUGUCUACUGCUUCUGGGGAAGUAACAUCAAACAAAGAAACCACACCUCUUAAGAAGAGCACUACUCGGGCAGCUUCUUCUAAAUCAACAACAGGUUUUUACAAAUCAACAACUGAGUCCUCACAUGAAGAGGAGACCACAUCUCAAAAACCCACUUCACUGAAAACCACCAGGGUGUCUACUGCUUCUGGGGAAGUAACAUCAACCAAGGCAACAACACCUCUUAAGAAGAGUACUACUGGGGAAGCUUCUUCUAAAUCAACAACAGGUUUUCACAAAUCAACAACUGAGUCCUCACAUGAAGAAAAGACCACAUCUCAAAAACCCACUUCACUGAAAACAACCAGGGUGUCUACUGCUUCUGGGGAAGUAACAUCAAACAAAGCAACCACACCUCUUAAGAAGACCACUACUCAGGCAGCUUCUUCUAAAUCAACAACAGGUUUUCACAAAUCAACAACUGAGUCCUCACAUGAAGAGAAGACCACAUCUCAAAAACCCACUUCAGUGAAAACCACCAGGGUGUCUACUGCUUCUGGGGAAGUAACAUCAACCAAGGCAACAACACCUCUUAAGAAGAGUACUACUGGGGAAGCUUCUUCUAAAUCAACAACAGGUUUUCACAAAUCAACAACUGAGUCCUCGCAUGAAGAAAAGACCACAUCUCAAAAACCCACUUCACUGAAAACCACCAGGGUGUCUACUGCUUCUGGGGAAGUAACAUCAAACAAAGAAACCACACCUCUUAAGAAGAGCACUACUCGGGCAGCUUCUUCUAAAUCAACAACAGGUUUUUACAAAUCAACAACUGAGUCCUCACAUGAAGAGGAGACCACAUCUCAAAAACCCACUUCACUGAAAACCACCAGGGUGUCUACUGCUUCUGGGGAAGUAACAUCAACCAAGGCAACAACACCUCUUAAGAAGAGUACUACUGGGGAAGCUUCUUCUAAAUCAACAACAGGUUUUCACAAAUCAACAACUGAGUCCUCACAUGAAGAAAAGACCACAUCUCAAAAACCCACUUCACUGAAAACAACCAGGGUAUCUACUGCUUCUGGUGAAAUAGCAUCAAACACAGCAACCACACCUUUUAAAAAGAGCACUACUGGGGCAGUUUCUUCUAAAUCAACAACAGGUUUUCACAAAUCAACAACUGAGUCCUCACAAGAAGAGAAGUCCACAUCUCAAAAACCCACUUCAGUGAAAACCACCAGGGUGUCUACUGCUUCUGGGGAAGUAACCUCAACCAAGGCAACCACACCUCUUAAGAAGAGCACUUCUGGGGAUGUUUCUUCUAAAUCAACAACAGAUUUUCACAAACCAACAACCAAGUCCUCACAUGAAGAAGAGGUCACAUCUCAAAUGCACACUUCACUCAAAACAACCAGAGUUUCUACUGAAUCUGUCAAGACAUCCACAAGAGGAACAUCUGUCAAAAAGAGUACUGCUGGAGAAGCAUCUUCUAAAUCAACAACAAAUUUCCAUUAUUCAACAAGUGGGGCCUCACACGUUGAAGAGACCACAUCUCAAAGGCUAAUUUCACACAAAGUAUCUACUGCAUCAGGUGAAGUAACAUUUACCAAGUCAACUACACCAAUCAAAAAGAGUACUACAGAACAAACUUUGCCUAAAUCAACAGCACAUUUUUCAACAACUGAGCCCAUUUCUGUAAAAACCACUAAAAUGUCUACUUUAUCUGGUGAAGUAGCAUCUAGUAAGACAACUACAGGAAUCAAGGAAAGUACAACAAAGGAUGAUCAUCCUAAAUUUACAACACAUUCUGAUAAAUCAACAACUACAUUUUCACAUGAAGAGGCCACAUCUGAGAAACCCAGUUCUCUAAAAACUACUAAAGUGUCUUCUACUUCUACUAAAGUUUAUACUACAUCUUCUAAAGAUACAGCUUCAUAUAGUACAAGAUCAUCAACAAUUAAACAGUCUUCUACUGGUUACCUUAUGUCUACCAUUACCUCUACAAGUAGGGAAAUCAGUUCUGGCCUCUCCACCAAAACUACCAAAAGCACUCCGUCAACAUCUGAGAAAGUGAGCACCUCCUCAGGACCAAGAACAAUAACAGUUGAAAAAACAUUUUUUACCACCAAAUGCAUUUGCAAUGUUAAUGGAGUGUUGAUUCCAGCUGGCCAAAUAAUAUACAACACUACUGAUAAUGGAGGAUGGUGUUUUUAUGCCCGCUGCAAUGAUAGUUGCCAGGUGGAGCGGUACAGCAAAGAAUGCUUUAGUUCCACUGCGCCAACCAUCACAAGCAGUACCAAGACAGCAAAGACUGCUACAGCCAGUACUGUUACUGCAACUUCCAAAAUGACAAGCAGUACAACAAUGAAUGUGAAGAGCACAAAAACUUCAUAUACACAGACCUCAACUCCAGCCAGUAGCACACGUUCUUAUGAAUGUGGUGCUUUAAUGCCUCCAAGAAUGAUAAAUGAAACAUGGAUGAUUGAUAACUGCACAAUGGCAACUUGCACAGGUGGAAAUAAUAUUGCUAUUAUGAAGACACAGUGUCCUCCCGUUCAGGAAGUAGUCUGUGCCAACCGCAUGGCACCAAAGAAAACCUAUGAUGAGAGUGGUUGCUGCUAUCAGAAACAAUGUGAAUGUGUCUGUGGUGCAUGGGGAACUUCACAUUACAUCACAUUUGAUGGAACCUACUAUGACUUCGAUGGACAGUGCACCUAUGUCCUGGUUCAGCAGAUAACACCACGCUUCGAUCAUUUCCGAGUUUAUAUAGACAAUUUCUCAUGUAUCCCAGAAGACCCCACUUGUGUUAAGAGUCUUCGUAUUAUAUACAAUAAUAACAAUAUAUUGUUAACAUCCCAGGAGGUGAAUGAUAGGCCAGUGGGCAAGGUAUAUUUCAAUGAUCAGCGAGUUUAUCCUGCACUGACCAGAAAUGGUAUUCAAAUCACCAACAGUGGCAUAUAUUUGAUUGUUCAGAUACCAGAGCUGGGCGCCUACAUCUCUUUUAAUGUUCUCAGUUUUACAAUAAAGUUACCAUUGAACAAGUUUUCAGACAACACUGAAGGUCAUUGUGGGAAAUGUUCCAAUAAUCGCAUUGAUGACUGUAUUCUGCCUAAUGGACAGUUGGCUCCAUCAUGUACUCAAAUGGCAGGACAGUGGGGUGUCCCAAGUCAGGAUUCUUCCUCUUGCAGUGCUCCAUCUACCAUUGCACCAGCAACAACCAGACCUACAAUCCCAUCAUCUACCAGAGCAUCUUCAUAUUUCACCACUCUUCUUUCUACUUUGCCCCAGACAUUCUCAUCACGUAUCCCAUCUACUGAAUUUUCCCGUUUACCAUCUACAUAUACUUCAACCUCUCUUCUAUCCUCUACAUUCACUUCAACCUCUAUUCUACCAUCUACAUUCACUUCAACUGUCCGUCCAACUGAUGAGAAGCCGUGUAACCCUUCAGAGCUCUGUAGAAUUAUCCUAAGCAGUGUCUUUGAGUCAUGCCACAACGUUGUGCCACCAGAACCAUUCUACCAGUCUUGUGUUAGUGAUGGCUGCAACAAUCCUGAAGGAACACUUCUUUGUUCCAGCAUGCAGAUGUAUGCAAUGUUCUGUUCUCUAGAGGGUGUCUGUGUUGACUGGAGAAAUAGCACCAACGGUACCUGCUCUAAAAAUUGUUCCUCUGAUAUGGUCUAUAAGGCAUGUGCAUCUCCAGUGGAAUCAACUUGUAACUCUAAGUACAAUCAAGUGUUUGUUGAAAACCAGAAGGAAAGCUAUGUUGAAGGAUGUUUCUGUCCAGAGGGCACUACAAAAUUCAGCUCUACCUCCAAUCAAUGUGUCUCUAGUUGCGGAUGCACUGGCCCUGAUGGAAUGCCCAGAGAGCCUGGAGAUAUUUGGGACAGCAACUGUCAGACAUGUGUCUGUGAUAACGCCACUAUGACUGUGAUGUGUGCAGUAAAAGCUUGCAUGUCACCGACCCCUGCAGUCUGCUCUGAAGAAGGAUCUAUGUCUGUGACUGUGCCUGAUCCUGAAAACCCCUGCUGCCAGACCACAGAGUGCAGAUGUAACAUCAGCCUCUGCACCAUUGACCAUGAGACUUGUAAGCCUGGAUAUGAACUUGUAACAGAGAUUGUUGAUGGAAAAUGCUGCCCUGUACAGAGCUGUGUACCCAAAAAGGUCUGUGUAUAUAACAAUACUGAGUACCAGCCGGGAAGUAUCAUUUCUGAACCGACCAAGUGUGAAACAUGUACUUGCAGCAUGGAAAUGGACCAGACCUCCCCAGGUCCACAUAAUGUUUCCUGCACUCCAAUUCUUUGUGCCUUACACUGUGCAGAGGGUUAUGAAUAUCAGAAUGUUCCAGGCAAGUGUUGUGGAAAGUGUGUACAGACUCACUGUAUAAUGCAACUACCUGAUAACUCUACAUACCUGCUGCAGCCUGGAGAGAUCAUGCCUCUUCCUGGAGACAACUGCACUAACUAUGAGUGUGUGAAGAUAAAAGACAAUUUGAUGCCUGUGGCCUCAAAAAUAUCCUGUCCAAAAAUCCGCAUUGAUGAAUGUCAGUCGGGAACAAUUCAAAAGGAUGCCAGUGGUUGUUGUCAAACCUGUAUCCAUGAGCCUAAGAAAUGUCAGAUAAAACAGACAAAGGAUAUUAUUCUUGAGAAUGGCUGCACAUCUGUCUCCCCUGUUGCGAUGUCCUACUGCCAAGGAAGCUGUGACAGUUACUCAAUGUAUUCUCAGCAAACACAGACCAUGCAGAAAACUUGUACUUGCUGUCAAGAAAGAGAAACAGAAAAUGUAACCAUCACUUUAAAAUGCCCCACUGGUGAGCUAAGACAAUAUUCAUACAUUAAUAUCAAGAGCUGUGGCUGUCAAAAAACACACUGCAAGGAGUCCUAUCAUUCAGAGGAAGAUAAUUCAGAAGAGGUUAAAUCAUCAAGCGAAUCAAGAGAACAUGGAGGUGAAGAAAAUAACGGAAACAAAAAGAAAAGUCCUGUUACUGGAAAGCCAGAUAAGAGGGGUUCAAAAGAAAGUGGAAGUGAAGAAAACGACACAGACAAAAAUAAAAAAUAUGUCACUGGAAAGUCAGAUAAGAGGGAAUCUAAAGAAAGUGGAAGUGCAGAAAAUAACAAAGACAAAAAUAAAAUUCAAGUUACUAGAAAACCAGAUAACUCAAAUUCAAGAGAAAAUAGUUCAGAAUCACAGUCUAAUGAAAAUACGAAAGAGAAGAAUGCUAAAGGAUUACUAGUAGAAGUUGACAUUAAACCUACAAAGGUGUCCAUACCAGUAUCUAUCCCGUUAGUUAACAAAGUACCACAAACCACACAACAAAAAGUAAAGUCUACACAGAUGUCCAAUCCAGUAACCACACCCACAAGGAUGAAGACUAAAACAGUACCGCAGAUCACAGAAAAAAACACAAAGACCUCAAAGAUGUCCAACCCACAAACCAUGCCCAUCGAGAUGAAGACUAAAACAGUACCACGAACCACAGAAAAAAACACAAAGACCUCAAAGAUGUCCAAUCCAGAAACCACGCCCAUCGAGAUGAAGACUAAAACAGUGAAGCUAGGCAAUGACAGCACAACCAAAACCAAAGAUACAAAUCAGAAUGAAAAUAAAACACCAAAACCUUGA